CAUUUCUAUGCCACUUGAUGUUCAACAAAGUUCACAUGAUAUCCACUUUAUCCAAUUUCAUCGCCAUUGCACUAAGCUCAAAAAAAUGGCCAUGAAAACCCUAAUAAUUUUCACCAUUAUUCUCCCCCUUCUCUUCACCAUCUCCCUAUCCGACCCGAACCCGAAUCCAUCACCAUCAAAAGCCUACAAAGAGCUAAUCAAAUUCGGGUUUCCAAUCGGGUUACUCCCCAAAAACGUUAACGCCUAUUCGUUAAAUUCCACUACCGGCGAAUUCAUCGUUUCACUAGUUAACAAAUGUAAGAUUACUCUGCCUCCAGACAAUUACCUUGCAACGUAUUCGAAGAAAAUUACUGGGAAAAUUGUUGAGAAUCGAAUUGCGGAGCUGAAUGGGAUAAGUGUUAGGGCUUUUUUUAAGUGGUGGGGUAUUACAGGUAUUAGAUCUAGUGGUGAUAAUUUGGUUUUUGAAGUUGGUUUGGUAACUGCUAAAUAUCCUUCUAAGAAUUUCCAUGAAAGUCCUGAAUGCGAAGGGAAAAAACAUUCGUCUUCCUAAGGGAUCAUUUGGCUGCUGAUUUGGAGGGUUUUUGUCAGCUGCUUCGACUUAAUGGCUUAUGAAAUAAGUCCAACAGUAUUGGGCAUGAUGGUGCUUAAACAUCAAUGUUCUCCUAGCGCAUUAGUUUAUCCGAUCGAUAAUUUAGCGAAUUGUGCAAGAAAUUGCUAGAUGUUUUGUAUAUAUAUUAUGCUCUUAUGUUAUCUGGAAUACGUUAUUAAUGGCUAAUAGAGAGAUUGUUGACUCUUUUCCUCUGUA